AUGACUGUGACAAGUGCAGGGUCUGAAGAGAUGAAGUCAGGAAGCCUUCCUCUGGGUCCCAUGGGUGCAGGAGCAGCUGGGGUGACUCUGUGUAUCUUUGGGACGGGGGACCUGGGGCGCUCCCUGGGCCAGCGCCUGCUCCAGUCUGGAUACAGAGUGGUGUACGGCAGCCGCAGACCAGACAGCUGUGGGCCCAUACCACAGGGAGCUCAGGUGAUGAGCCAUGCAGAAGCAGCCAACGCAGCCAACCUCAUCUUCUUAUGUGUGCACAGAGAUCACUACGCCUUUAUGCUAAACAUGGAACCACAUCUGCAGGGGAAGGUGCUGGUGGACAUCAGCAACAACUUGAAGAAAAACAUAUAUCCAGAAUCCAACGCUGAAUAUCUCCAAAGGCUGGUCCCCGGAGCGGCGGUGGUGAAAGGCCUGAACACGCUCUCUGCCUGGACGCUGCAGAAUGGACCGCUGCAAGGAAAACAGACGUUCAUAUGCGGGGACAGUGCCGAGGCUAAACAGGCUGUAUCGGAGGUGUGCACCCGUCUGGGCCUUUGGGUGGUGGACAGGGGCAGUGUGGGUGCGUCCCGGGAGCUGGAGGACUUCCCGCUGCAGCUCUUCCCAGAGUGGAGGCUGCCUCUGAGCAUCGCUGCUGGCCUCGGCGCUGCCUUCUUCAUCUACCUGCUCAUCAGAGACGUCGUCUACUCCUAUGUGGAGGACAAAAAAGACAUCUCAUUCAAGAUUAUGGUUGCCCUGCCGAAUAAGGUCCUCCCCACUGUGUCACUGAUCAUGCUGUCCCUGUGUUAUCUGCCUGGGGUUAUUGCUGCCUUCAUCCAGAUCUACAGAGGGACCAAGUACAGGCGCUUCCCGAACUGGCUGGACCGCUGGAUGCUGUGCAGGAAGCAGAUUGGUGUAUUGGCUCUUGGUUGCGCCCUGAUGCAUGUCCUCUACAUAUUUGUCCUCCCCAUCCGCUACUCUGCCAGACACAGGUUCAUCACCCAAGUGGUCAAUGAGUUGAAGAAUAACAAGACGACUCCGUUUUACUUCGACACCAGAGUGGCGUGGGCCGUAGACUCCCUGAUGGGCCUGGGGAUCCUGGGCUUCUUCCUGUUCGUGCUUUUGGGCAUCACCUCUCUGCCUUCAGUCGGAGCCUCUCUGAGCUGGAGGGAGUUCAACUUCAUCCAGUCCAAGCUGGGCUACCUGACUCUGUUCAUCUGCACUGCGCACUGCUACAUCUACGGCUGGAAAAAGCUCCUGUCGCGCUCCACAUAUAAGUGGUACACCCCGCCCGGGUACAUGCUGUGUUUGAUCACCCCGUCUGUGGUGCUGGUGCUGAAGGCCAUCCUGCUCCUGCCCUGUGUGAACCGCACCCUCACACGCAUCCGGCAGGGCUGGGAGAGAGCGCCUCCUACAGGACAUCUAGAAAAGCAAAAGGCGACCAACUUUUGA